UUAUUUGCACAUGAUUUUUAAUCAAUUCAAUUUAAAAACGAAACUGCAUGUGUUGCAUUGAUGAUUUUGUUGAUAAAUUAAAUUUAAAUGCACGAUUGAACUUGUGGAUUUUAAUCUUUGUAUUUAGGAUAGACGUCGGUUUAUUAUUAAUUAUUCAAGCAGGAAGUUUGGAAGAAAAGAAUUGGAGAUGGAAUAGUUGGAAGUGUUCAAUUCGUUGAUUUGUUUUUAUUUCCGUUAACAUUCAUGUCACUAAACUGUUAUGAGUUUUCUCUUUUUACUAUUGUAUACGGCGUAUUCUCUGCGCCUAGUCAAUAGUAUUACCUCAGAGAAAGGAACAUAUUCAGAUAAAUUUUGUUUUAGAACUACACGAAAGGAUGAUCCUAAGGAAUGGUUUUGUAAGGAGUAUCCAGAAUUUAAAUGUGAAAGCUUAAGAAAAAUUUUAGAAUUUGGAGAUGUAAUUUAUUAUCGUGCUGUUCUAGACCAAUCCAAACGCUUAAAAGCUAUCAGUAAAGAUACAGAGGAUCCUAUUGUACGAACACACAAACACAGUAAUAAUUUCAUAACGUUUGAACAAGAAAUAGCAUACAGAAGAGUACCAAAGACAACCGACACUCAAUGGUCGAAUCUCUGGCAUUUAAAUGGCAAUAUUUUACCUUCAAUGAAAGUAAGUGAGGCAUGGGGACUUGGAUACAAUGGUAGUGGUAUAAUCAUUGGUAUUGUGGACGAUGGUUUACAGACAGAUCAUUCAGAUUUGGAUGCAAACGUAGACACAACAAUUGAUAAAGAUGUUUACGACGACGACAAUGAUCCGUCGCCUUCAUCAGCAAGGGACAGUCAUGGUACCAAUGUAGGAGGACUUGUGGCUGCAGAGAUAAACAAUGGCGACUGUACAGUUGGUGUUGCACAUCAAGCAACAUUAGUAGGAAUACGAAUACUUGGGCCUGGUAAAGUAACAGAUUCACAGGAAGCUGAAGCAUUAGGAUGGCAAUUAUCUGACAUCGAUAUUUACUCCAAUAGCUGGGGACCAACUGAUGGUUACGGGUUUGAGGAGCCGGGAUCAAUAACGAAAACUGCUCUUCAAAAUGGCGUUACUAACGGAAGAGAUGGUAAAGGUGUGAUAUUUACCUGGGCGGCAGGAAAUGGUGAGACAAGUGAUAACUGUAAUGCCGACGGAUAUGCUAACAGUAUCUACACUAUAGCCAUUACAAGUGUACAACAAGGAGAAAAUGCAUGGUAUUCUGAGGUGUGUGCUGCAGCCAUGGCCGCAACAUACGGUGGUAGUAAUAGGGACCAGUAUUUGACGACAACGACCACAUCUUCUGGUUGUAUCAGUGAAAAUGUCCAAGGGACGUCGUAUUCGACGCCAAUAGCAUCUGGUAUUAUUGCCCUGGCGCUUCAAGCAAAUCCAAAAUUGACAUGGAGAGAUGUACAACAUUUAAUAGUUCUAACAACAACUAAAAGUGGAUUUUCUGAUACUUAUUCUAGUUGGCAAACAAAUGGCGCUGGCAAAGAAUUUAGUCAAGUACUUGGGUUUGGUUUUAUGGACGCACAAGCUAUGGUGACACGAGCUAUCAGCUGGACCACCACCGUUCCUGUACAACAAACGUGCACUACAUCAACAUUCACUGUAUCUAGAACUACGUCUGGUUCUUUACAUUCAUCAGACAGUAGAACUAUUCAGAAUUCUGAUUGCUCUACUAUUUCAUAUCUUGAACACGUGACAGUAGAUAUAAACUUUUCAUACUCCGCAAAAAGAGGUGUGACUGAAUUUUAUCUCGUAUCACCAGACGGAACAGAGAGUCAUUUAUUACAUUACAGAUACUCUGAUGCUGUAUAUUAUUCAUCCGCGGGGUCGUUAAGUUGGACAUUUAUGUCAGUUCAUUUCUGGGGAGAAACCCCAAUCGGUGAAUGGACAUUGAAAUUUAAAUCAUACCGAGGUUUAUCUGCAGUCACUGUAACUUCUUGGUCUCUAUCAUUCUAUGGAACGACAACAAAUCCAGUUCCAGAUACAGACUUUUGCGUAUUGUCACCAUGUCAAAAUAACGGUACAUGUAGUAACUACCAGUACUCUUAUAGCUGUCAAUGCACUGAUGACUUCUCAGGUACAAACUGUGACUCAACAGUGACGUCUACAGAUGAUAAUAACACAGAUGGAAGUAAUCAUGGACCAAUUAUAGCAGCAGUCUUGGGUGGUUUGGUUUUAUGUGCUUUUGUUAUAAUUGCCGUAGUACGUUACGCCAAUUUUCCCUCCCGGAUUUUCCCAACUGCUGAAACUGUUACAGCAAAGCCUAAUGUUUGAUUUUAAAUGUGUCUUUGCAAUACCAGUAUCCUCGUCCGAAACCAAUCAAUUGACUUAAAUUGUGUCAACGAGAAAAAAACACACUUGAAAAUUAAAGUUUUUUACAAUUAACGCUUGAUGAUAUUAUUCAUGAUAAAGAUAUAAUUUGUUAAUUAGAUUAUGUGAAUUUUUAUUUUCAUUGGAAUUUUUAACGAGAAAAAAACAAUAUAUAGGUGUUAUUCCAACCGAUGAUUAUUAUCAAAAACAUAUUUCUAUUAACGCGGAUAUAACAUGUAUAAAGUUAAGCGUUUCACAUUUUUUUGCAUUCCCUUUUAAUAUUAUUUACAACAACAUAUGUUUGUUGUCCAUUUUUAAAUCUACAAUUGGCAUUUUUUAAAAGCAAAUACUAAAUUGAGUUUUAUCUAGUAUCCGUUUCAUUGACUAGUUAUUCGGACUAGUAACGCACUUGAAUAUGUUGAAUCAAGUGUUUAUCUUAAAUGUGCUUGUUUGGAGCCGCAGACUUUGACUGAGAUUGCACAUGUUUGUUAAUGACAUAUAUGUAUUUGAUUGUGUAUCAUAAACUUGGUUCACUAAUGAUAUUGUUGAGAUUUAAGGAAUAGCAUUGCACAUUUUACAAGUAAUAUAAACCUAUAAAUAUUAUCUUUAGUUAUGUUGUUUGACAAGAGUUAACCGUUAAAGCAACUUUAAAAAUCUAUAGUAUUAAAAGGUUUGAUAUUAGUUAGAGAAUAAGUUAUUUUUUUUCUUAAUUUCAUUGGUUUAAAUGUAUAAACAUGAUGAAAGAGGAUUUCUCCCUGUAAUAUCUAUAAUGAGGCAGUAUUGUAUUAGUUAUGUUGAUCCUUUUGCAUAAAACGAUUGAGACGACUCUAGUAAGAAAUUAUAGAUGUAUAUAUAUAUAUAACUUAUAUUAGAAUGAGCACUAUAACCAUUUUAACAUAUACACCA